CGGCAGUAUGCAAGUGGGGUCCAUGUAAGCUUGCCUACUACUCCGUACCUCAACCUUGUACGCCAGUGAGUCAACCCAGCACAUGCCACAUGACCACCCAAAAGUCAUUUUGUGUCUUGUCCAUCAAGUCCCAUCCGUUUACUACUUGUGUUCCCUAGGUCCUCACGACCGCAUGAAGAAGCUACAGCGGAACCUGCCGCAUACAUUACACGUACAAACACCAUGGACGAGCCCAUCCCGCUCUUGGGCUCGGGCUCGGGCUCAGGCUCAACGGUAACGAUGCCCCGCCUCGUUCUCGGCGUCUACCAGCUCAGAGGGGAAGAAUGCUUCGCGGCCUGUCUGGCGGGGUUGGAGGCCGGGUACCGGCACAUUGACACCGCGCAGCUGUACGGGAACGAGGAGGAUGUUGGGAGGGCUGUUGCGGUGUUUUUGCGAGGGCGAGACGUAUCAAAUGGGUGCGGUGAAGGGGGAAGAAUCGAGAGGGAGGAUCUGUUUUUGACGACCAAGGUUGGACGGUGGGAGGGCGACGGGGAGAAGAUGUAUGAGAGUGUCUUAAGGAGUGUGAGGAGAGUUGCUGGGGAGGAGGAGGGAGGGUACGUUGACUUGGUUCUCGUACAUCGUCCCGUUGCGCGGUGGAGGGAUAUGUGGAGCGUGUUGGGGAGGUUUGUGAGGGAGGGUAGAGCGAGGGCGAUUGGGGUUAGUAAGUUUGGGAUUGGGGCGCUGGAGGAGAUGAAGAAGGGUUGUGAGGGGGUGUUGCCGUGUGUGAAUCAGAUUGAGCUUCACCCGUGGUGUCAACAGCGGGAACUAGUCGCCUACUGCCAACAGAACGGUAUCGUGGUACAAGCGUACAGCCCACUCGCGCGCGGGCAACGGUGGACGGACCCGGUGUUGAGAGAGGUCGUGGAGCGGGUCCGGCGCCGCGUCGGGGUCGGUGUCCGGGAGGAACCGAUACCGGUAUUCGGACGACGGGUGGCGGGGACGAACUGGCGCAACGACGACCCACAGGACCGGGAGACAGCAGUCACGAAGAUGAGAGAGAUCACGGAGGUUACAGUCACGCCGGCGCAGGUGCUGAUCCGGUGGUCUCUGCAGCGCGGAUUCGUGCCGCUUAUCAAGAGUGCGAACGCAGAGAGGAUCAGGGAGAAUGGGGACGUGUUUUGGUUCGAGUUUGAUGAGGUCGAGAUGGGCAUGUUGGAUGGAUUGGAUUUGGGGACCGCGGGGGCGCUGUUUCCUAAGAAUGUGAGUUGA